GCGGCCUUCUCUUGGUCUUUUCCUUUCCCCCCCAUAACUCGGUGCAGAGGGAGCGGUACAAGUGACCGGACGGAGGCCGCCGUUCCCCUGCGUAGAGUUCACCGAGUCUUUUCCUGGUGUCUUCCCAGCUUCCAUUUCUUAACACUCGCACGCGGGCGCGCGCAUCUCUCAAGUAAGCGAUGCCCUCGGCCACCAGCAGCGCGAUGGCGAGCAGCGGCAGUAAAGCGGGCAACGAGGCAACGGUAGCGGCGGCUUCUCAGGCAGCGGUUUCGGGUGGCACUACGAGUUCGGUGCAGACAGAGGCCAUGAAGCAGAUUUUGGGUGUCAUCGAUAAGAAGCUGCGCAAUUUGGAGAAGAAAAAGAGCAAACUUGAUGAUUAUCAAGAUCGAAUGAACAGAGGAGAACGCCUUAACCAAGAUCAGCUGGAUGCUGUGUCAAAGUACCAGGAAGUCAGUAAUAAUCUGGAAUUUGCCAAGGAACUGCAGAGGAGUUUCAUGGCUCUAAGUCAAGAUAUUCAAAAAACAAUAAAGAAGACAGCCCGACGGGAACAGCUAAUGAGAGAAGAAGCUGAACAAAAACAUUUAAAGACAGUACUUGAAUUGCAGUAUAUUUUGGACAAAUUGGGUGAUGAUGAAGUGCGCAGUGACCUAAAACAAGGAACAAAUGGGGUAUCUAUAUUAACAGAAGCAGAACUAUCCACACUUGACGAGUUUUACAAGCUGGUUGAACCUGAACGUGAUAUGAACAUAAGGUUGAAUGAACAAUAUGAACAGGCAUCCAUUCAUUUGUGGGAUCUAUUGGAAGGGAAGGAAAAACCUGUAUGCGGGACAACAUAUAAAGCCCUAAAAGAAAUUGUUGAACGCAUUCUUCAAACAAGUUAUUUUGACAGUGCUCACAACCAUCAAAAUGGACUUUGUGAAGAAGAAGAGACAGCAUCUGCACCCACAGUUGAAGAUUCUGUGACAGAAGCUGAGCCAGAACCAACAGAAGAAUACACUGAACCAAGUGAAGUUGAAUCAACAGAGUAUGUAAACAGACAGUUCAUGUCAGAGGCUCAGUUCAGCAAUAAUGAAAAGGAACAAGUAGAUGAAUGGACAGUUGAAACUGUUGAGGUGGUAAAUUCACUCCAGCAGCAAGCACAGGCUACAUCUCCCCCACUUCCAGAUGCACACACACUUACAGCUGUUGCUCAAGCAGAUCCACUUAUUAGAAGACAACGAGUGCAGGACCUUAUGGCGCAAAUGCAAGGCCCAUAUAACUUCAUGCAGGACUCUAUGCUGGAAUUUGAGAACCAAGCACUUGACCCUGCUAUUGUUUCAGCUCAGCCUAUGAAUCCACAAACUUUGCAGAUACCACAGAUGGUUUGCCCUCCAGUUCAUGCUGAAUCUAGACUUACACAAACAACCCAGGUUCCUAUACAACCUGAAGCCACACAGGUCCCCUUGGUUUCUUCCACAAGUGAGGGAUAUACAGCAUCCCAGACCACGUAUCAGCCUUCUCAUUCAACAGAACAGCGACCUCAGAAAGAAUCAGUUGACCAGAUUCAGGCUUCAAUAACCUUAAGUACAGAUCAGACACCAACAUCAUCGCCACUUCCAGCUGCAUCCCAGCCUCAGGUAUUUCAGGCUGCCUCUAGCAAACCCUUGCAUAGCAGCGGAAUCAAUGUUAAUGCAGCUCCAUUCCAGUCCAUGCAAACGGUAUUUAAUAUGAAUGCACCUGUCCCUCCUGUCAAUGAGCCAGAAACUCUAAAGCAACAAAAUCAGUACCAGACCGGUUACAGCCCAACAUUCUCCAAUCAGCCCCAUCAAGUAGAACAAUCAGAACUUCAGCAAGAACAGCAGCUUCAGACAGUGGUUGGCACUUACCAUGGUUCCCCGGACCAGUCGCAUCAAGUGGCAGGUAACCACCAGCAGCCUCCACAACAGAAUACUGGGUUCCCACGUAACGGUCAGCCUUAUUAUAACAGCCGGGGAGUGUCUCGUGGUGGAUCACGUGGCACUCGAGGCUUAAUGAAUGGAUACAGGGGACCAGCCAAUGGGUUUAGAGGAGGAUAUGAUGGCUACCGUCCUUCAUUUACUAACACUCCAAAUAGUGGUUACACCCAGGCACAGUUUAAUGCUCCAAGAGACUAUCCCAAUUACCAGCGGGAUGGAUAUCAACAGAAUUUCAAACGUGGCUCUGGACAAAGUGGCCCUCGGGGAGCCCCUCGAGGUCGUGGAGGGCCCCCAAGACCCAACAGGGGAAUGCCUCAAAUGAAUGCUCAGCAAGUGAAUUAAUCUAAUACUCAAGAUUACUUUUAAAACGCCAAAAACACUGGCCAGUGUACUAUAUACAUGUUACCAGAAGAGUUAUCUCUGUUUUCCUUUAUAGGAAGUUCAUAGUAAAGGGAUUAUUUUCAUUGCCCAUAAAGACAAGACUACAGUUUUCAGCUUUAUAUUACCCGGAUAUGGAAAGAAAUGCCGUUUGCGCUGCAUGUUCUGUCCUAAUCGUCACCUUGAGCCUUGCACAUGAGAUCCAGACCCUUGCUUUGAUUUAAAACAAAAAUGGCAGUUUCAGAGUAAAGAAAAUGUCUAUAGUUAAUUGAACAGGCAGAAAUAAUCCAACUGACUUCAUUGAUGUCAUAUAGUUCUGCAGCAAAUUUGGAUAAGAAUCUGUAAACCCAUAAACGUUUUACUCAGACAGUUGAUAUAUUUAAACUUUUACAUUAAAAAAGAUGGAGGAAGUGAAGUGUGGCUUAAUAGAACAACUACAUUUCAGCUUUUUCUGUUUCAUUGAAGCGCCUGAAUAUUUACAUGCAUAAUAAAGAGCCCUGACUAGAUAUUAAACUGGUGAACAGCUUAGGCACACCCUUAGCUACAGCACUUUUUUAUUAGUCUGACUGGCUGUGGUAAAGGGAUGCAUUAAUUGUUUUGUGUAUCUGUUAUAAUUGUGUAAACCCCAAAUUAAGCUUUGAUUGGCACUUUAAAAUUUUGUGUAAGAAAUAGAAGAUAUAAUCUGGACAGCCACUUGUGUUUUCAAAUGUGAAGUAUUGAAAGAGAUCUCUCCUGAACACAUUUCCUGGAUAGCAAUGCUGUUUGUAAGGAUUGGUAUUCCUUAUCAUUCCUUAUGAUUUGCACAUUGUCUGUCAUUAAUACUUAAUCUUGCUGUAUUACCACCUUAAUAACUGAUGCUGGUACUGAUGGAAAUUAAUGGGUAUGCAUACUACAUGUCACAUGUCUUUUUCCCCCUGCAGCUUAAAGGUUUGAGAAAUCUCAAAUCCUUGCUGGUGCCCUUUAAAUUGCUCUCUUUUGAAAAGCACCAGUAAAUGUUUUGAUCCAUUUCCCCUUUUAAGGGAAAUUACAGCCAGCAGUUCCAAGUGAGAUAAAUAAACAUGUUUAUAUUAAAAAAAAAA